UCGUUUCUUGGCCACCGUAGUUUAAUGUACAAACAAGGAAGUAGCCAUUCAUAGCUGGGAAUUAUCCAGCGAGUCAAACAUAUAUAUCUAGCUUAAAUCUCUGCCGGCGAUUCUUCAGCCAAAGCAGCAUCUAUGUUUUUAUGAUACCUGCUAAGGAAUGGCAUCAAAAACUCUUUAUUCGCAAAGGGACCCAAUGCUAAAGAGAGAUGGCUUUGAAGACAUUUUAGAAGAGAGGAGGAACUCCAGCGACUUGAAGUACGCGUUGAGGUGCUAUGCACCGGUUCUUUACAAGGGAGUCACUCCCUGCAAAGCAAACAUGCUCAAGAAUAUCGUUCUCCAAUCUGAUCAGCUACACUAUGUCAUUAAUCAAGUGUCACAAGAGUCUGGCGAGGCCCCUGACAUCAUCCAAGAAGAGGCCUCUGUCAUUCUGGAGGAGAUGGCCCACCGGCUCCAGAUCAGCACCGUCCGCUUCUUUGCCUUUGCCCUUAGCAAGGCCUUCAAAACCCUCUUCCAACAUGUCUGUGUCAACGAGGAGGGCAUCCAGAGACUCCAACAGGCCAUCCAGGAGCAUCCGGUGGUGCUGCUCCCCAGUCACCGUAGUUACAUGGACUUCCUGUUGAUGUCCUACAUCCUAUACACCUAUGACCUCGCCCUGCCUGUCAUCGCUGCAGGCAUGGAUUUCAUGGGGAUGAAGUUUGUUGGUGAGAUGCUCCGGAUGUCAGGAGCGUUCUUUAUCCGGCGCUCGUUUGGAGGAGACAAGCUGUACUGGGCUGUGUUCUCAGAGUAUGUGAAGACCAUGCUGAGGAAUGGAUUUGCACCUAUUGAGUUCUUCUUAGAGGGUACACGAAGCCGAACAUGCAAGUCCCUCACGCCUAAAUUAGGGCUACUGAAUAUCGUGAUUGAACCGUUCUUCAAAGGAGAAGUGUUUGAUGUCAACCUAGUGCCUGUCAGCAUCAGUUAUGAGAGGAUACUAGAGGAAUCUCUCUAUGCCAGGGAGCUCCUGGGAGUGCCCAAGCCUAAAGAGUCCACCUCUGGACUGUUGAAAGCCAGGAGAAUCCUCAGUGAAGACUAUGGCAGCAUUCAUGUGUAUUUUGGCCAACCAGUGUCAGUACGGAGUCUGGCCCAGGGCAAGGUCAACCGCUCUAAGUACAACCUUUUCCCAAGACACAUCCCUAGAAAGCCCAUGGAGGAGACCCAGUCAUUUGUGAAUGACACUGCCUACAGGAUAGUGCGUCUGCAGGAGGACAACAUGGUGCUGAAGCCCUGGGUCCUGAUGGCCUCCCUCCUCCUGCAGAACCUGGAGGGCCUAGAGCUAUCUGUGCUGACAGAGCAGACCCUCUGGCUCCGAGGCCUAGCCCUGUCUUAUGCUGCCUUCCUCGACUGGCCUGACCAUGCUCCCACAGCGAAGGUGGUGUCGUCCAGCCUGGCUCUCCACAGGGGCUUGGCGUGUGUUUCAGGGGGCCGGGUUAGUCUGGUGGUAGGGGAGCCCCUGGGCCCGGUGACCCCAGAGGAGGCUCUCUUUAACAGAGCCGUCAGCGUGCUCUCCUGUGCCUCCUACAGGAACCAGGUCCUUCACGUGUUCCUCCGGCCCGCCAUGCUGGCUGUGGCCAUGCACACCGCAGCCUCCUCUAGGAAGAAUGAAGUGUACAACUGCUUCAGCUUCCUUUGGGACGUGUUCUCCAAUGACUUCAUCCUCUGUCCUGGGGACACUGUCCAGGACUUUGAGGAGGCGUGUUACCUGCUGGUGAAGACUGGUGCUGUUCAGAUGCCGCAGCAGGACAUAGAGAUGACCGACAGAGGGCAGCCCAUCCUCUCCUUCUUCAAUGGCCUGCUGGAACCAUUCCUACAAGGCUACCAGGUGGUGUGUCGGUACCUCUGUGAGGAGGCCAGUGAGGGCCUGACAGAGAAGCAGUACAUCCCUGCUGUCCGCAGCUUCGCUGUCAAACUCAUCCUAGCAGGAAACCUGAGGUGCUAUGAGGUGCUAUCGUCAGACAUGCAGAAGAAUGCUCUUGCCGCUUUGUUGCGUAUGGAUGCUGUAAGAAAGGUCAAAGUAGCUGAUCAAGUCACUCUCAUAGUGAACAAGAUGGCUGUGAACUCCAUAGAUGAUAUACUGGGAGGCAAACUUCCCACUCAGAAAGCUGUCCUCGCUCGACUGUAGUUCACUCACUUCGCGGGCCAAUGAAAACUCUGGAGAGUAAACUCUGCCUUCAUUACCAUAAUGCCAAAUUUUCCAGGAGAGCACUGCUUUGCUGACUACAAAGGUUGUUUGUCAUAGUUUUUUAAAAGGAACUUCACAGGGUUGCCAUCUGGGACACUGUUUUCAUACACACACACUCUUCAAAUUUUGUAUAUGACAAAUAACACCGAAAUACUUCUUUAGAUCUUCGCUCACACUAACUACGUUUCUGUCUAGAGACGUUUUACGUUUCCGAGGUUGCCAAACUAAUUAAAAUAGUAACCAUUUUAAUUAACACGUUUUGUGCAAUCCCGUUUGUUUUCUAACACUGCUUGGACUCAUUAAUAUAUUCUUCAUUUGUUAUUUUGGUGUUUUGGCGCCUGAUGUGGUAUUGCUGCUUGUGUAGUCUGUUAGAGUGUUUGUAUUGUGUUUAUGUGUUGGUGUGGACCUCUCCCUUUCUCCUCCGCUGUGAUCGUUGCCUUUGUGUGUUUUUCAGAGAAAUCAUUGUUACAAAAAUGGGGUCGCAUCAUGUUGUUUACAGACCGAAUUGAGGAUACCAGCCUAUUUAUGCAACGUUAACACUGGGUAGGUAAGAAAUUGUAUUUAGUAUAUUUUAUUAUAUCAUAAAAACAGAUUUGGAGUAGAACACCCUCUCUCAUGAUCAAAGCCAAAGAGUUUGUGAUUUCAUCAGAUAUGCUGAGGGUAUAAUAUCCAAACAUGAGAGCCAUAUGUUGUUUACAUCUGUUUUAUACACAUAUGCAGCGCUACAUAUCCAACUGCAUCAUUGUUACUCUGAUAUAUGAUGACUAUUGUGGAAUACUCAGUUACAUCUUAAGACCUAAGAUCACAAAGGUAACCUGACCACUGAGGAUUUGCCAUAAUCUCUCCUUUCCUAUACUUACUGGUUUGUUUAGUGUAACCGAACUAUGUUUCUGAACUGUUUUGAUAUGACUGUGUUUACAAUGCGGCUUUGACAAAAACAUGAAGAAUGUGACCAUGAUCUCUGUUACCAAGUGCAGCAGAUGCAUUGACUGCUGGUCUCCUGCCAAAGUAUACAUGUCUAUGUUACCCUACCAUUCUGUCAUGUACAAUGGUGCAAUGUGUAUGUGUUUUUGAUGUGGAAUUAAUGUUGUUCUAACAUUAAUGACUACUGUUGCUGUACAGUAACAUUUAACUAUAUGACAGUGUGUGUGGCAGUUAACUCUGAUCAAUGAUGCUUUUUGAAGUAAACCUACAGGCAGAAUAAAGAAUUUGAAAUAUAA